GGGCCACGGACCGGCUUCAUGUGAUCCGAACAAACGCCAGUAUUUGGCUCGAGAGUGAGCGGAGGGUGAAGACACCAGCUGCUCCGAGAACAUCAGCCUUUCUCUGUGGACUAUGAUCACUCGCUGGCUUUGCGUUUUAAAGGAUUCGCCCGCACAUUAUGGGAGUUCCCUUAACUCCGAAUGCUGAAGAUCGCUCUCCUCCAGCUGUCGCCCUAAAUUAGCUGAGCCCUGUGAAAGGAGAGCCAUUUCAACUGACCCCUUCUGCUCCGUGAAGCUCCAGCCACCCGUGACACCCAAAUGCUGCCUGUCUUUCAUCAGACUGGUCACUUCUGGAGAAAAAUGGACUUGGAGUGAAGGGCGGCCCUUUAUGUGGGCUGACUCCCUCUAGAACUACUCUGAAGCUAGUUGAGACUCAAAUGGGUGACCUAUGACAAUGUAACCGGUAAGAGGAUUUGGAGUUGUCGCUUUCCCAAGCAGCUGCAAGCAGGAUAUGAGCUUGAGCCGAUAAAACAAACCUGAGGCCUCCUCUAACGUCAUGCAGUCAUCUGAGGAAUUGUUUAGCAGGAAGCUGAAAGCGUUGAAUGGGAGUAUGGGGCAUCCAGCGGGCAACGCGCAGGGCAAGCUGGACGGGGGUGGCAAGACGAACGGGACGCCUGCUAUGCCUAAAAUGGGGGUGCGGGCCAGGGUGACGGACUGGCCCCCAAAAAAGGAAGGUUGGGGACCCAACUACGAGACCAUCGUUACGGCCUUUCAGAACGGACAACCAGACCAAAGUGUGGAGAUCUCGGAUUUGGGUGAAGCUCCGUCGGAGCCCGAUUAUUCGGAUACAAAAUACUCUUUGAGUGACCUCUUGAGUCGAUCCCCUUUGAAGGGACUUCAUCCCAUUCGCCAACGGAGUAACAGCGACGUGACCAUCAGCGACAUCGAUGCGGAGGACAUAAUGGACCAGAACGCUGUCAAUCCCAACACCGGAGCUUCUUUGCAUCGGGAAUACGGCAGUACGUCUUCGAUCGACCGCCAGGGUCUUGGGAAUGACGGGUUCUUCACUAUGCUGCGAGGGUAUCGGAUUGACAACUUGGACCAUCGCAGCGCCCCGCCCGCCGGCUUCCCAGAGCUCCUCCGCUAUGACACAACCCUCUCCCCAAGCUUGCAGACCGCUGCGCAAAUAGCCCGCGGUGAGAUCGUCCGAAUCUCCGGCUACGACUACGUGGACAGCUCCCUCCUCUACAGCCGGGAGAGAGAGAAGUCCUUCAUGCGUCGCCUGAAGUCGGAAUCAUCCGAAACGUCGCUCUUUAGGAAACUGAGGACUAUUAAGAGCGAGAACGACGGCCUGCGGCUCUCCACCGAGCAAGACGACCGCCGGCCGCUCAGCUUCCAGAAGUGCUUCGCUCACUACGACGUCCAGAGCGUGCUUUUUAACAUUAGCGAAGCGGUGGCCAAUCGUGUAAGCCUCAGCCAGAGGAAGAACACCACCACUGGAGCUUCUGCCGCCUCCCAAUACCAAGUCCCAGGAGGCGGACAAGUGACUGGGAAUACAACUGGACCCGGAUCCAUGUUCGAAUCGCCCCUCGGAAGUCGGGAAGACCUUAAUCCCAAGGAGAACCUGGAUGCAGAUGAGGGGGAUGGGAAGAGCAAUGGAUUGGUGCUGAGCUGCCCGCAUUUUCGCAAUGAGAUUGGUGGAGAGGGGGAAAGGAGGAUAUCUCUAUCUAGGGCCAACAACGCCACCUACAGCGCUGGAGGAGAAAACUGCUCGUUCGAGUCCUCUUUGAGCUCCCACUGCACUAACGCUGGCGUGUCUGUACUGGAGGUGCCACGAGAAAGCCAGCCAAUCCACCGUGAGAAGGUCAAGCGGUACAUCAUCGAGCACAUCGACCUCGGAGCGUAUUAUUACCACAAAUACUUCUAUGGGAGAGAGCACCAGAACUACUUCGGCGUGGACGAGCACCUGGGUCCGGUCGCCAUCAGCGUUCGGAGGGAAAAGCUGGACGACGGGAAAGACAAAGAGGCGGCUCAGUACAACUACCGCAUCACCUUCAGGACCAGUCAGUUAACCACCCUGCGCGGGGCGAUCCUGGAGGACGCCGUGCCCUCCACGGCGAGGCACGGGACGGCCCGCGGUCUCCCGCUGAAGGAGGUGCUGGAGUACGUGGUUCCUGAGCUCAACAUCCAGUGCCUUCGACUGGCCCUCAGCUCCCCCAGGGUCCCGGAGCAGCUCCUCAAACUGGACGAGCAGGGGCUGAGUUUCCAGCACAAAGUGGGCGUCCUGUACUGUAAAGCGGGUCAGAGCACAGAGGAGGAGAUGUACAAUAACGAGAACGCCGGCCCGGCGCUGGACGAGUUCCUGGAUCUGCUCGGUCAGAGAGUCCGGCUGAAGGGCUUCACCAAGUACAGAGCUCAGCUGGACAAUAAGACGGACUCCACCGGCUCUCACUCGCUCUACACCACCUAUAAAGACUACGAGCUGAUGUUCCACGUCUCCACGCUCCUGCCCUACACUCCCAACAACAGACAGCAGUUGCUCAGAAAGAGACACAUAGGAAAUGACAUCGUCACCAUCGUGUUUCAGGAGCCCGGUGCCUUGCCUUUCACUCCCAAAAACAUCCGCUCCCAUUUCCAGCAUGUGUUUGUCAUCGUUAAAGUUCACAACCCGUGCACUGAGAACGUCUGCUACAGUGUCGCGGUGUCCAGGUCAAAAGACGUGCCUCCCUUCGGCCCUCCCAUUCCCAAAGGCGUGACCUUUCCCAAGUCGGCCGUCUUCAGGGACUUCCUGCUGGCCAAGGUGAUCAACGGCGAAAACGCGGCGCACAAGUCGGAGAAGUUCCGGGCCAUGGCGACCCGCACGCGGCAGGAGUACCUCAAGGACCUGGCGGAGAACUUCGUGAGCACCACCGCGGUGGACUCGGCGGUCAAGUUCAGCUUCAUCACGCUGGGCGCCAAGAAGAAGGAGCGGGCGAAGCCGAGGAAGGACGCCCAUCUCCAGAGCGUGGGCGCCGUGACGUGGAGCGUGGUGGCGCGGGAUUUCGGCCAGUCGGCGGACGCCGAGUGCCUGCUGGGGAUUUCCAACGAGUUCAUCGUGCUGAUCGAGGAGGAGUCCAAGAACGUGAUCUUCAACUGCUCCUGUCGGGACGUCAUCGGCUGGUCGUCCGGCGUCAUGAGCAUCAAGAUCUUCUACGAGCGCGGCGAGUGCGUGAUGUUUUCCGCGCACGACAACUGCGGAGAGGACAUCCGAGAGAUCGUGCAGAGGCUCGAGAUGGUCACUCGCGGCUGUGAGACCUCAGAAAUGACCUUGCGCAGGAACGGACUCGGUCAGCUGGGCUUCCACGUUAACUUCGAGGGCAUCGUGGCUGACGUGGAGCCGUUCGGAUACGCCUGGAAGGCCGGUUUGCGGCAGGGCAGUCGUCUGGUGGAGAUCUGUAAGGUGGCGGUGGCCACGCUGACCCACGAGCAGAUGAUCGACCUGCUCCGCACCUCCAUCUCUGUCAAAGUGGUCAUCAUCCAGCCGUACGAGGACGGAGCUCCCAGAAGGGGAUGUUCAGAGCUCUACCGCAUCCCCAUGGUGGAGUAUAAGCUGGACAGCGAAGGAACGCCCUGCGAGUACAAGACGCCCUUCAAGAGGAACACCACCUGGCACCGGGUGCCCACCGGCGGCCAGCCUCUUCCCCGCGGGUCCCCGACGCAGGGCCCCGACCGCAUGCCGUGCCAGCAGCAGAUCCUCCAGCACGCCCAGACAGCCAUCCCACGCAGCACCUCCUUCGACAGGAAGCUGCCGGACGGACCCAGGAGCGUUCAGGACGUGGAGAAGACUCCGAUCUCGUCGUGCAGUAAAGGAGAAGCGUCUCAGCACUACCGCAGCUCGCCCAGCAACCAGUCGUCCUCCAGCGACCCCGGACCCUGCGCCAGCACCAGCUGGAGCCAGCAGCCGGGAUACGACGGAUGUCCGUCUCCUGUGCUCCACGAGUGCUCGGCUGAAGCCCAGGGCAUGCUGGGAGACGGCGAGAGAGAGCCGACGCUGGAGAGGACCCGCUCCGCAGAAGCGAAGUGGCAUGUCCCUUCCACCAAGAUCCUCAAUUCCUUGAAGGAAAGAGGCAAGGAUUCGCCAAACAAGCUGACACGGCAGGGCGGCGAUAAGAACUCCAGCCACUCCAGCAGUAACACUCUGUCCAGCAACGCCUCCAGCAGUAACAGUGAUGAGAAGCACUUUGGCUCCGGGGACCUGAUGGAUCCAGAGAUGCUGGGUCUCACCUACAUUAAAGGAGCCUCCACGGACAGCGGCAUCGACACCGCUCCCUGUAGCAUGACCCCGGGGGUCGCCGGCGCGUCCGUGUCCCGCGGCAUGCUCCAGGGCCGCGGGGCGUCUGAUCCGGGACACCCGUGGACACCGGAGCUGGCAGAAGAAGGCUCCACGGAGGAGGACCAUGGCAGGUUGUACCUUCCCCAGAGCUACGGUGCGGCUCUGGCCACUGGACAUACGCCAGCGGACGGGAGCAUGGGAGACCUGAGCGAGAUCUCAUCUCAUUCUAGCCGCUUACCCCACAGCUUCAAGCACAUGUCCUCUCCAGAACCUUCCAGAACCCAGGAGCCAGGGCCCAGCACUGAUGCACACACACAAAGCCUUAGGAGGUCCGAUGACAAACCGAUCCCGGACGAGCCCCCAAUUCAGUCCGAGUGUGGGUGAGUGUGUGGAAUGGGAUGCAUCUGCUGGGAUGAUUGGUUUCCGCAAGGAAUAACUGACGACAGGCCGUCGAAUUAUUAGAAAAGCAAUGCACGGCUGAGGUGGGGAUGCGGUCACGAUGCCACGUGCAUUAUUUUUCUAAUAAUUCAUUGGCCGGGAGUCAAUUAUUCUGCUUAUUGCCACACCUUAAGAGAUUGAUCAGGUGAUAUACCUCAAGGUCUGAUUUUUGUACUCAUUGGGAGUAGGAUUAUUUCUUCCGCAUCUCAUCCAACGCCUACGUUGUUGAUUCCAAAAUGUCGUUUUAGACCUAGUAACAGAGGCAUGAGCCCCUUAUAGCGGAUUUAUAUAGUUAAUCACUAAGUUAUGAGUGUGUGUGUGUGUGUGUGUGUGUGUGUGUGUGUGUUAGAGUGAGAAAGAGAAAGAGACGGCGAGCAUCUGUGAGUAAGUUCAUUUACUUCACAAAUGGCGUCAUAGUUACCUCGUGCGAGAAGUUGUUUUUAAGCUGAUAAAGUCGUCAGAGUAGCGCUAACAACAUUAGCACUUAUGCUAACGUGUGUAUGUCCCUCUGAUGGAGAGAGAGCUAGAGAGGAGUAUGUGCUUUCUGUAUGUAAUAAAACGUAAUGUUGUUGCAAAAUUUGGCAAUGAUCCGUCAUUUUCACUAUUUAUUUGUUUGGCCCGUGUCUUUGGGGGUUUGGGUUAUUUUGUGGUUAAAAAUAAUAGAAAUAAGAAAUAAUAGAAGCCAUUUGGUGAAAUUGAGUGGUCAUGUAAUGCUGCCUGCAACUGUGUUCUUUGUGCGUUUCCAUAAAAAUAAUUGCACACCUUAGAAAGUUUGUCAGCCAAUCAGAGUCAAGCAUGCAACGGCCAUGUAGUAUAAAUAGGAGUUAAUUGUUUGGGCCGCUAAAAGCAACAUUAAGACGCUUCGUAUGAGAGCUUUUUGUUAUUUAAUAUAAUUUACCAUUUGCCAUUACUACAUUCUCAGGACCUCGAAAUCUCUAGAGCGUGUAAAGCACUUAAGUAAAACUAUGUCUAAAAAGAGUUGCAUUGCAAUUUCCUAAUGCGGACAAUUAGGUUGGGCCUUAGAUUUGAUUAAAUUUAAUCUUGCCCUCCAAGCUUGUGCCAGUGUGUCUCAUUAAGCGUCUGGUUUAAAAGGCCAGGAGAGACCAAUCUAUUCCGAGGCUGAAUUUAGCCAGCGGCGCGGGUCUCUCACUUCUUUUUAUCCAAUUAAUCUCCCCGCUGGCACAAUCAUCAGGCAAUUCCAGUUUUCAAGGACAAAAACCGCCUGCGAUAGAUUACAGAUCAAAGUGAAUCUUUCCUCUAUCGAUCCGAGUAUCACCAAGGCCUGGAAAGAACCAUCAGUAGAUUAACGGGGCCUGGUCGAAGUGAGUUCUGUGCUGUAAACGUGCAGACGUAAUAUAGUUGGCAUGUGUCUCUUCUCAUUAUUGAUCUGUAUACUGAUGUCUGAUCCCUGUGGACUGUACUGUUCCACGCAGGAGAUCGGUGUUGUUCACUGGACGUUGAGAAUAUCUAUCUGUCUGUCUGUCUGUCUGUCUGUC